AUGUACUCCGGCCAAUGGUUGCCCGAUGAGCAUGCCGCCCAGAUGCUGGCGCAUACUCAUGGCCACGUUAAAGAUAUGGGCGCUGCCCAGAUGUCGACAGACGAAAUGUUGAUGCAGGCUGCGACACAUAUGCAGGGUAACCAAGACUUCCCCAUGAAUGCGUCCAUGGGCCACCAUCCCUUGCAAUACCAACAAAGACAACCUGCGCAACGGCAUCCCCUUCCUGCUGAGCAGUACGGCAACAAUGCCAGCUUUACGGAGGGGGAAAGCCAAUUGGCAGAACGCGAUGAAAACGACGAAGGCGAUUCUCUCAUGGCCGCUAUGGUCGGAGCCCCGAGAGCCACGACAACUCGAUCGAGCGCAAACAACGAGCUGGAGAUGAGGCAACUGUUUGCUGCCAACAGACAUCGUGCUCUCAAUGAAGUGGCGCAAGAAUUGCACGGCAAUGAGCGAGGCCCCAACUCAGAGCGGACGCGACAGGUCUUUGCUAUGCUUUGGAUCAACUCAGUUUGUGCCACGGGCAAAGGAUCUGUCCCUCGAGGACGGGUAUACGCCAAUUACGCUUCCCAAUGUGCCAAUGAGAGAAUAACUGUACUCAACCCUGCUAGUUUCGGGAAACUUGUUCGCGUAUUAUUCCCUGGUCUCAAGACAAGGCGGUUGGGUGUUCGUGGAGAGUCAAAAUACCACUAUGUGAACUUCACACUUCGUGAGGAAGCCGAUAUCCCUGAACAUCCGAUUCAGACGGCUCGCCCUACGUCUGAAGCCGCGACAAUCACCCCGAACUUCAACCAAUCGCCAACCCUACCCAACAACAACAUGAAUCAAAAUGCGCUCCUUUCACCUAAUAUCGGCACCGAAACGAAGCCUGUCGCAACCUCACGCCAAUCCGGUUUCCAGUCCCACAGUCUAUACAACGAACAUAUGAUUAGAAAUCUUGACAGUAUCAACUCUACCAAUACAAAGACCCAACUCGAGCUGGCUUUCCCUCCAGCGGACGAAAAACAAGGCGACCCCGCAGAUCCUCUGCCUCUGCCUCCUAUCGAAAGGUUCCUUCCUCCGAACACCGAUCCUGAUGCUGCCAAGUCUUUAUCAGCAUUAUAUCGCUCCCACUGUACAUCGCUCGUCGAGUGUAUUCGAUACUGCAGGGAGAAGACUUUUUUCCAUCUGUAUACGUCUUUCCAGGGAACAUUAACCAUGCCCGUGCAGAAAUUGCUUGGGAACCCAGCUUUGGCGGCUUGGAUUGAGGAAUGUGAUUUUGUCCUCUAUCAACGCAUGAUGACAAUUGUCUCGCUCCUUACACUUCAAGUCGUGCCAAAGCAAGUGCUAGAUGCUUUGAGGGCCAUCUCGGAUAAACUGGUCUACCACAUUCGGGAGUCUUUCCAGGGCCAGCCCCAACAUGUUCUUCGAGCCAAGGAAGCACCCGCAACAUUAUUUGCUGGACUUCUCGAUCGUGCACUCAGAGUAAACUUGACGGCCCACGCAGCAGCGAACAUGCUUGUAUCUGCCCCGAAUCGCACGCAGAUGUAUCUGGAUUGGAUCCACAUGAUCCGAGUUCGAAAGGUUGCCGAGUGCGUACCCACGCGAGGCAUGGACGAUGUAGUGAAUGCUCUCAUUCACGAUAUACGAACCCUCCUGAACCCUAUCAACGUGCCCUACGAAAUGGAGAUCAUCACUUUCUACGGAGAACUCGGCCAACGUAAUGACCAGUCACUGGGUGAUGAGAGCAAGAGCUCUACUCCUCCCAAUGUUCUGGAGCCCUGGGUUGAUUAUCUCAAACGCCUUCCCGAAAAGUUCCCUUACGCCUCGCACACCGAUAUCGUGUGGUGUAUCGAGCGUAUCGGCACAACAGUGAUGCGCGAGAUCACAAUGUCUGGAGGUAAGAGCUUCGGUUCUUGGUGGGUGACAAAAACAUGGGUGGAUGAGAUGGUGAGCUUUUUGGUGGAGUCAGGAGGAUUCAUGAAGCAGAAGAGUAGCCAGAUGACGGGGGCAAACACAGCCACCCCUCCUCCUCAGGCAGCGAAAGACAAAAGCCGACAAAAUUCCCGAUACAGCACUGGCAGCGAUGAACUCAACCUAAGCAAUGCGUCUCAGAACCAAGGGGAACGUGCGCCGUUUCCUCCCGCCUCCAACAAAGUGAAUCAAAACUCGAUGAACAUGGGUGGCGGCGACAUUCAUGAUGACAGCGGAAUUGGGAUUAGAACCCCCGAGGAAGACUUUCAGCUGGACAAGUUUGACUACGCCGGCACUGAAAACCAGGAGCAUGACAUGCUGACAGGAACGGAGUUUGCUACAGGCGACAUGUAG